CUGCUGCAAAGAAGGCACUAUCAUACGAGCUACGCUUUGAUGAUGACCAAAAUCAAACAAGACUCGUCGCUGCCGAUGAAAGCACUCACGCAAACCGGAAACCCCGUGAUACCACCCUGCUUCAAACGACACAUCUUUUGCAAGUUUUUUUAACAAAACCUUCCGAUGCAUUCGGAGAUGCUAAAAAAAUCAAGCUUCAAGUCAAAGCCGCACCGUCCUCUGUCGGACCCGGCAACAUUCCUUACAACGACUUCUUUUCUUCUGGUCUCUCAAAACUUAUUCGUGCUUUACCCGAAAAUAUACACUCUCACGACCCCCUCAAUGUUUGUUGGUUAUUUUUGCUAGAUUGGAGCGGAGCUGGGACCACCAAAGAAGGAGGGGGAUACAACUGGGGGGAGGAGGAGGAAGGAGGGGUUGUGAAAGGGACUAUGGAGGAUUUCGAGUAG